AUGGAAGAAGCUGGUGAGUUAUGGCAGAACACAGUGAUAUCACAAGUCGAAGUGAUGUCGAUCAUUCCUCAUUACACAUUUGACAAGAUGGACAUCACACAAGACCCAGUAUUAUUAAUAGAAAGUGGUCCCGAUAUCCGUGGGUUUAACACUGAACUUAUUCCCUUUAGAAAUUUUGCAAUGGUGAGUUAUGACCACAGUUUUGAAAUAUCAACACAAAAAGCGGCAAAUCCGCAAGACGUCGAAGCAUUUAUCAAAGCGACUCGAAAAGCUGAGGAGAAUCCAUUAUCAUUGAUUGAGAUCCUCGAGCGUUUUAAUCAAUUUGGGUACAAUAAUAAACACAUUAUUCAUAUAGCUCCAUCACUUGAUGUUCUUCAACAAACAGCAGAUCCUGAAAGACUUAGAAAUGUCUUUGAAAAUUUUUUAAUAUCGCAGUUGAAUUAUUCGUUGGUUGUCCUCUCCCUCAAAAACACCCAAAUUGGUCGUCUGCUGUCCGAUUUAAGAAAAAAUCAGGUAUUCGAUCGAUGCGACUUUACACAUCCAUUCAGCGUCAUCACCUUUCCUCGUAUCACUCCAUAUGACAUAUUUCCAUAUCAAAGAACAAUCAAAGGCAUUUUCGUGAAAAUACCAGAAAACUACGCAAUGGAUUUCGAAGCCCUUGAAUUCAAUUACCGCCCACCUUUUUAUGUGAUAACACCUGCAACACUGUCCCUCGAACAAAACUUUUUGGUCGGGAAACAUAAAUUAAUCACAAGAUGCUCUUCACCACAAUUUGAGUGCGACGGACCACUUGUCAUGAAAGAGCAACGAUUUUUGCAUAACAAGUUGCUUUUUGGCGCGUUGGAUCUUUUAGAGGCGCAAACUGUUGCAAAGGAAAUCUGUCGGAAAAUGCCCAACAAAGCGUUUUCAGUAUUGGAAGGGCGGGUCUUUAUCGAGACGGAUGAGCACAUUGAGAGUGGGACAACAAUGGGGAUCGAGAAGUUGAUGGAGUUGCAUAUAACACGCGUUGGAGUUGUUGAGAGAUACGUGACAAAUUUGAAGAAUGACACAUCAGAACAGUUUAAAGCACUCCAACACUGGUCAUACUUUUACACCGCAAAACGAGUGUUAAUAGAAGCGCUGAUGUCAUCUGAUGACUCUGAAAAUAAAUUACAUUUCGAUCGGGAGAAGAACACUCUGACUGCAACAUGUCUUAAAGUGUGUCAUGAGAGCAUCACAAAGUAUUUUUUUACUAAUACUAACAACUCGACGCCAGGAAUGAAAAAUUUUGUGGGUUUACAUAGAUGUAAUGAAGACUGCAAAUGCUUUUCUUUGUGA